AUGGAACUGGUCGUAGUGGAGACAGACGAGCUUGGGUCUGAGGCAGCGGAGGCCGCUGUAUCAGCCGCAGCCAGUGUUGCUCCCAUUGCGGGGAAGGAAAACGUCCUAUCUCCACGGAUGCUUGCGAAGAAGAACAGAAAAAUGGAACGGAUCCAGCGGACCAUAUCUAAACACACGGGCGAAAUUCUACACACCAUUUCCGCCGACUCACUCACUCCCGUCGCGGCGAACAUCGCAUGGGACCAGGCGCCCGAGCUCAUAUGCUGUUACAACUGGCAGGACUCUGCCGAUGGCACCAACGCCAUCUUCGUCCCCGGCGAACCGCCAAAGUGGGCUCCUCGCUCCCUGCCGCACACCCUCCCUCUGGACGACGGCUGGAAAUACACCGACUACAACUACGCGCGUCAACCCCGGGACCCUUACGCGCCUAUGUUCCACGCCCUCGGCGCCAUGAAUCCCAGCGUCCAGUUUAUGGACGUCGACGUGAUAGCCGACCGCAACAACCUGCGAACGCUUCUCGAGUUCGUGCAGGGGAAAUACACUAGCCCGUUUCGACUCGAUCUGUACUCUGUUUUCAACACGCUUAUCCUCGUGCGCAAGGAAACCGGCUUCUGGAAGCGCGCCGACGGGAUUGGAUUAGGUGCCAAUUUUGAAAAAGCAUUCACCCGCCCAGCGUCAGGCAUGGAAAACGCGACUAGCCACUACCGCGCGAUCCGCUAUCGGAUGGCCGACGCGCAGUAUACCGAGCUCCCAGAAGCCGAUAAGCUUACCCCUGUCGAAGCCGCCGCCGCCACCGGCGGCACACUCGCCAAAGACCAGCCACCAUUCUUCGACUAUCGCGCCCCUAUCCGCGUACUCCAAAAGGGCCAUAUCGCUCCCAUGUCCGCCAUGGCCGAGCUGAAAACCACCGUGUUCAAAAUCGACAAAUCCAUGAAUGUGUCAUGCAUGGACCAGCUCUGGUUCGGCCGCACCACGCAUCUACUUACCGGGCAGUACGAGCCUAGCACGGGUACCGUGCUCAAUGUCGAAUACCGCGACAAGAGAGAAAACAUCAAGAAGUGGGAAGAGGGCCAGCAAGAAUAUCUGCGCAAACUGGUAAAUCUGCUCAUCAUGUUGAAGAGUAUGCUAAGUGCAGAGAGGGGUCCUUUGAGAGCGCUGGUCUUGGUAAGAGAGGAGAAGGAUGGCCCGCUUCGUAUACGCGAGAUGCAAGAGAAGCACUAUGUGGUGUCAAGGGAAUUCUUUAGCCGACAUUGGCAGCGUCCCAUGCCGCAGCAGUAUGGCCGUGGCCGGGGGCAGUGGGGUGGUGGGCGUGGGCCGGGUCAGUUUAAUGCUGAUCGUGGUCGCGGGCAUUUCGAUGCUGGACGCGGUCGUGGUGAUUUCAAUCCCGGACGUAGUCGCGGAUUUGCGGGAAGGGCUUCGCGUGGCUUUCCAGCUAGAUCUACUCCCCAUUAGACGGCUCCGCAAACGCAUUUCGGAUCCAUUCGUUGAGCCUCCUUCUGUUUUCGCAUUGC